CGAAGGCCUCGCGCGGCCGAGGCGGAGAAGUAGCGGCGCAGGGACCCCGCGGGCAGCUGGGGCUUCGGCGGCUCCCGCCUCUGCUCCCUCCCCUCCAGCUCCGGGGCUGACCGGCCGGCGCCGCCUCCCGGGAAGAUGGCGCUGCACUUCCAGAGUUUGGCGGAAUUGGAGACAUUAUGUACUCAUCUCUAUGUAGGAACUGAUCUUUCACAAAGGAUAGAAGCUGAGAAAGCACUCCUGGAACUAAUUGACAGCCCAGAAUGUCUCAGCAAGUGUCAACUUUUAUUAGAACAAGGAACAACAUCCUAUGCACAGCUUCUUGCAGCAACGUGUCUUUCAAAACUUGUUAGCCGAGCUAGUCCUUUACCUAUUGAACAGAGGAUAGAUAUCAGAAACUACAUUCUGAAUUAUGUGGCAUCACAACCCAAGCUGGCUCCCUUUGUCAUCCUAGCUCUUGUCCAAGUCAUUGCUAAAAUCACUAAAUUGGGAUGGUUUGAGGUUCAGAAAGACCAGUUUGUCUUCAGAGAAAUUAUUGCUGAUGUGAAAAAAUUUUUACAGGGUACUGUGGAACACUGUAUAAUAGGAGUAAUGAUCCUUUCUGAGUUGACGCAGGAAAUGAACCUGGUUGAUUAUUGUAGAUCAACAGCAAAACACAGGAAAAUAGCUACCUCAUUUCGUGAUUCUUCUCUCAAAGAUAUUCUCGUUCUAGCUUGCUCUCUUCUAAAAGAGGUGUUGGCCAAACCUUUAAAUCUGCAGGAUCAGUGUCAACAAAAUGUGGUAAUGCAAGUCUUAAAAUUGGUGCUCAACUGUCUUAACUUUGACUUCAUUGGCAGUUCAGCAGAUGAGUCUGCAGAUGAUCUUUGCACAGUACAGAUUCCCACAAGUUGGAGAACGAUUUUCCUGGAGCCAGAAACACUGGAUCUUUUCUUCAAUUUGUAUCAUUCAUUCCCACCACUCCUGUCUCAGUUAGCACUUUCAUGUUUAGUUCAGUUUGCUUCUACAAGAAGGUCCUUAUUUAGCAGUCCUGAACGUGCCAAGUACCUUGGUAAUUUAAUUAAGGGAGUAAAAAGGAUACUUGAAAACCCUCAGGGUUUGUCUGAUCCAGGUAAUUAUCAUGAGUUUUGUCGAUUUUUGGCUCGUUUAAAAACAAAUUAUCAGCUGGGAGAAUUAGUUAUGGUGAAAGAGUAUCCUGAAGUUAUCAGAUUGAUAGCUAAUUUUACAAUUACUAGCCUUCAGCAUUGGGAAUUUGCUCCCAACAGUGUUCAUUAUUUACUAACCCUGUGGCAACGAAUGGUGGCGUCAGUUCCUUUUGUGAAGUCAACUGAACCCCAUUUAUUAGACACAUAUGCACCAGAAAUCACAAAAGCCUUUAUCACUUCUCGGUUGGAGUCUGUUGCCAUAGUUGUGAGAGAUAAUUUAGAUGAUCCUCUGGAUGAUACCGCUACUGUGUUUCAGCAGCUGGAGCAGUUGUGCACUGUCAGUAGAUGUGAAUAUGAAAAGACAUGCACUCUUCUUGUACAGUUGUUUGACCAAAAUGCACAGAAUUACCAAAAACUCCUACAUUCAACUUCUCGAGUACCCAUGGACAUGGCAGUUCAGGAAGGUCGUCUAGCAUGGCUGGUAUACUUGGUUGGGACAGUUGUAGGUGGAAGAUUAACAUAUACAAGUACAGAUGAACAUGAUGCUAUGGAUGGAGAGUUAGCUUGUCGAGUUUUUCAGCUUAUAUCUUUAAUGGAUACCGGCUUGCCUCAGUGUUCUAAUGAGAAAAUAGAACUUGCAAUUCUGUGGUUCUUGGAUCAGUUUCGUAAAACAUAUGUUGGUGAUCAACUUCAAAGAACCUCAAAGGUAUAUGCCCGCAUGUCAGAAGUUUUAGGAAUAACAGAUGAUAACCAUGUUCUAGAAACAUUCAUGACAAAGAUCGUCACAAACCUUAAAUACUGGGGAAGAUGCGAGCCUGUAAUUUCAAGGACUCUUCAGUUCCUAAAUGAUCUUUCUGUUGGCUAUAUCCUUCUAAAAAAACUUGUGAAGAUAGAUGCUGUGAAAUUCAUGCUAAAAAACCACACUAGUGAACACUUCCCGUUUCUUGGUAUCAGUGAAUGUUACAGUCUCAGUGACUUCAGAUGCAGAACCACCUUUUAUACAGCCCUCACUCGCCUUCUGAUGGUAGAUCUAGGUGAAGAUGAGGAUGAAUUCGAGAAUUUCAUGCUGCCUCUUACAGUCUCUUUUGAAACAGUAUUGCAGAUAUUCAAUAACAACUUCAAACAGGAAGAUGUAAAGCGUAUGUUGAUCGGGCUGGCAAGAGAUCUUCGAGGGAUUGCCUUUACACUGAACACAAAGACCAGCUACACCAUGCUGUUUGACUGGAUGUACCCAACCUAUCUUCCCCUUCUACAGAAGGCUGUUGAGCAGUGGUAUGGAGAGCCAGCAUGUACAACUCCCAUCUUAAAACUUAUGGCAGAAUUGAUGCAAAACAGAUCUCAGCGCUUGAAUUUUGAUGUAUCAUCUCCUAAUGGAAUUCUUCUCUUCAGAGAAGCUAGUAAAAUGAUUUGCACUUACAGUAAUCAGAUCCUGUCCCUUGGGAGCCUCUCGAAAGAUCAGAUUUAUCCAUUGAAACUCAAGGGCAUCUCCAUCUGCUAUUCGACUCUCAAAUCUGCCUUGUGUGGAAAUUAUGUCAGCUUUGGCGUCUUCAAGUUGUAUGGGGACAACCAUUUUGACAAUGUACUCCAAGCCUUUAUCAAAAUGCUGCUGUCAGUGUCCCACUGUGACUUGCUGCAAUAUCGGAAACUGAGCCAGUCUUAUUAUCCACUUCUGGAAUGCCUCACCCAGGACCACAUGAGCUUCAUCACCAACUUAGAACCUCCUGUACUCCUGUAUGUUCUCACAUCUAUCUCAGAAGGACUCACUACUCUUGAUACAGUUGUCUCCUCCAGCUGCUGUACCAGUUUAGACUACAUCGUCACCUACCUCUUCAAGCACAUAGCAAAAGAAGGCAAGAAACCGCUUCAAAGCAGAGAGGCUGCCGAGGCCGGCCUGCGACUGUUACAUUUUAUGCAGCAAAACCCAGAUGUCCUACAACAGAUGAUGUCUGUCCUCAUGAACACCAUCGUCUUUGAAGACUGUCGGAACCAGUGGUCCAUAUCCAGGCCUCUCCUGGGACUCAUCCUGCUCAACGAGAAGUAUUUCCGCGAACUGCAGGCGAGUCUGAUAAACAGCCAGCCCCUCCCCAAGCGGAACACCCUGGCCCAGUGCUUCAGAAACCUGAUGGAAGGAGUGGAGCAGAGCCUGUCUGUCAAGAACAGAGACAGGUUUACCCAGAACUUGUCAGUCUUCAGAAGAGAAGUGGCAGAGGCCCUGCGGUGUGACAGCAGUUCCGACCCAGGAGGCAGCCUGGACAUGAUGAGCUGA